AAUACAACUCAAGAAGAAACAAGGGAUUGUGGCAGAUCUCAGGUCAGCUGCUAAACUGCAAUUAUUCCUGUGUGCACGUCAUCAGUUUAUGAACGCGUGUGUGUGCAUUUACUGCAAAAGGUGGGGAUGGAAAACCAUUUUUACAUUGUUAUCGUCUGUGCACUGAUGUCUGUGCACCUAUUGUUAGUCCAAGGAGCCAGACAGGGUCAAGACAUAAAAUGUGGAGCAUGCAGGGCAUUAGUUGAUGAAAUGGAAUGGGCCAUAUCGCAAAUCGAUCCUAAGAAAAUGAUCCAGACUGGAUCAUUUAGAAUUAAUCCUGAUGGCAGUCAGUCAGUAAAAGAGGUUCCCUUUUCUCGCUCUGAGAGUCAUCUGCUUGAACUGAUGGAAGAGGUUUGUGAGAAGAUGAAUGAUUACGGUGAACGUGUUGACCCUGCCACCAAUCGAAAGACAUACGUGAGACAUACAUCCCGUGAUGGCACUGCCAUGGACCUUUCUGAUGUGGCCUUUGACUCCAGAGUCAGCUCUAGUUUAAAGUUUGCUUGUGAAACUAUUGUUGAGCAACAUGAGGAUGAACUUAUUGAAUUCUUUGCUCAUGAGACUGACAACGUUAAAGACAAGCUCUGCAGUAAGAGGACAGAUCUUUGUGACCAUGCUCUGAAGAUACCGCAUGAUGAGUUAUAACAUGAGCCGAGCACAUCAUGACUGCUUUACCAUUGAAGAACAAUGCAUUCACUUGUUAAACAUGAGUAAACAGACUGAUUCUCUUACUUGUUGAGGACGCUGAACAUACAGAGAUCUACUUGAUGUUAGGCAAAACAUUACAUAAUGUACUUGACCCUAUGGGUUAACUGUUGACAUGUUCAACUGUAUUAAUGGCGUUACCAUCAAAACUGUUCAUUGUCAUUAAUUAAAGCUGACUUUCUACAGCUCAACAUGAGAUCUCUUUAUGAGUCUCUCUAAUGGCAUACUAUAAUAUUUAAAUGUCUUUGGAUGAACUAAAUUUUUAAUUUAGAAGAUAACUUGCAGUAUAUUUAUAUAUAAGCACAGAUAGAGGACCUCUGGAGUUCCUGAUACUAGUGGUGAUUUUGUGUCUUGAUGUUUUCUCAGGUCAUGAAUCUGAUCAGAUUACUAGUCCUCAAGUCUUAACCAAUUAGGUUACCACCUUUUCAUAAGUAAGUGAAUAUAAGUUAACCCAGUUUUAUGUAUUCAUUUGUUUUCCACCCACACAUUAUUGUAUUGGUUGUUGCUUCUAAAUUUAUCAACAUUCUUUGAGUCGGAUGAGUCAUCCAUUUUGGACCAUGUUGUAUUUGUAGUUGUUUAAUGAAAUGUUUUAUUAGUGUAAUAUACUUUAAUAACAAGAAACCCCUUUCUUUUAAAUGCUAUAUUGUCACGUGUGAAUCUUUGUGACAAAAACAAUCUUUUAUAUAUAUAUAUAUAUAUAUAUAUAUAUAUAUGUAUUUAUGUAUUUAUUUAUUUCCCCCUAAUUUACAUUAUUGAGCCUUAAUUGUUAAUGGGAAAAAUCUACACAUUUCAUAUUUUCCUAAAGUUAUGGUCCUACCUCAGGAGGUUGAAAAAUGAGAAAAUAUUUACAAAUGUGUGAGGAUAUCUUUUACAAUAUUUUGUAUAGUCAUUUAUUGAUGAGUGUCAAAAUGCCAAUACCAUUAAAUCAAAUUUUUGGCAUGUAAAUAUUUUUAUGGAUCUGGUGAAAUGUGAUCCCCAUUCUUUGGAAUUAACUUUGGCUUUUUUUAACCAAAUGUAUACAAUUGUUACAUCUGUUACCUUUUGAAACUAAAAUGUUAAACACCUACCAGCAUUACACAGGGACAUGAAAUACGUUACUUUACAGUAAGACGUUCAUUUCCUCUCUUUUUUUUUUAAAUUUUUAAAAUCUCUUUUAUAUUAUUACUUGGUUAUCUUUUUCUAUUAAUUAACUUCUAUCGGUUACUUUUUUCGUGUUAUGAUAUUUGUCUGUUUCAUUUUUGUUAAGCAAGAGAUUUGUGCUGGCCAGCUUAAAGUCAAGUUGAGCAUCAGGAAAGAUGCCGCUAAAAUUAUUCAAUAAACUGCUCAUUUAUCAUAA